AUGCACCAAAUGUGUCGUUGGUUGGAAGCGAAGCUAAAGAAGACCCUGCCCGAGUCGUUUGCGUGUGUAUUUGAUGCCUGGACAAGUGGGUCGACGCAUUACGUGGCUGUCUUUGUGUCGUUCCCAAGUGAUUCGUUGCGUGGAUACGAGAAGGUGUUGAUCUCAUUGUCGUCGAUGAACGACGAAGAUUCAUUGAGUGCUACAGCCUUCCUGGAAUUUUUUUACUUUGUCCUCGAUGUGUACGGCAAACAGCGCCGAAAUGUGGUGGCCCUGAUCGGCGACAAUUGCGCCACGAACCGUGCCUUUACUCGCUUGGCUGGCAUCCCUAUGGAGGGUUGUGCCUCUCAUCGCUUUAACUUGUUCGUCGGUGAUGUGCUAGCCGACUAUGAGGACCUGCUGUGUGCUGUACAUGCCAUCAUGAAGAAGCUGUCCAACAUCAUUCCUGCUGCCAAGCUUCGCCGGACGACACCAUUGUGUCCCAAACAGCGCAACAAGACACGAAGGAGCUCAUCGGUCGCCAUGUUGGCUCGAUACGUCGAGUUGAAACCGUUCCUUCUCCAACUCGGGCUAGACGACAUCGACAUGGUACUGCUUAACAGCCGGCAAGAUCGUGAUGUGGAGUUGUUGAUUGUCCAGCUCACCGACUUGAACUCAGUGACGCUUGCGCUCCAGGACGAGUUGUUGACACUUGCCGAUGUCCGCAUGCUGUUUGACGAAGUCGUUGUCCAGUACCCUGGCGCUGAGGUUCGCCUGGGGCCGGAUGCAAGUGUCGUGGAAGACCCCACCUUUGAGUCUGGCGUGGUGACGAUGCUUCAGCACAUGGAGGCGUCACUUAAUGAGGACGAGCGUAUAGCGAUUGCUCUGUUGUCUACGCCGAGUAUGCCCGAUGGUGUGUAUGUGGGUGACACGGACAGCAUGAGCAUGGCGGCUCGUGCAUUGAAGCGUCGCAAGUUGCUGCAGGCCCGGAGUAACUACCUCGACUGCCGUUUCCUUCGACCGACGUCGAGCAUGUGCGAGCGGCUGUUCUCUGUGACGAAGUGGGCGAUGAUCGACCGCCGUCGCAGUGUGCUGCCAUCAAACUUUGAAGAGCAAUUGUUCCUCCACUGCAAUUCUUUCCUUUGGGGAAGCGAGGACGUCAAGAGCGUCAUGGAGGGUGAAACCGAUGAGUAG